AUGCCUUGUUUUGAGCGAAUCCCAUUGGAGUUGCGAGGUGACGAGGAGGUGUUUACACUUCGUUUCUUGUCGACUGGCCAUGCAUUACAAGUGAGCAAGGAGGCUGGAUCAGCUGCCAUGAGUUUUGGUCUUCAUCGAUAUGCUGUUGACUUGGAUCGCCUCUGGAGAAGUGAGCGAGCACACAAGGAAAAUUCAGUACCAAUACAACCAAUGGUUGUUCAGCAACCUCAAGGGAGAUCAGCUUUGAUGUGUGGUGGCAACCUCUCCAAAUUUGCAUUGCCAUGUAAUCCUCAAGAUGCAGCGUACCUUUUGCACCAAUGGCUUCUCAAUGGUUAUCCUGAACAUGGAGGAGAGGUGACAACGCUGAAAAUGAUGGAUCGAUACAACAUCGAUGAGCACAUAUCUGACUUCGAGUUUGCGAAGAAGCACAUUGACAACAAAGGGCAAGUUCCAUGGGCGGCCAACUUUGGGCAAUGGCAAGCAAUGGGUCGAUUCGCGGGAUAUACUACUCUUUCAAGUGCACAAAGUGCAUACCAUCUGUGGUCAUCACAACAGCAGAAAUAA